CUCCCGGGAGACAGGAGCACCAAGGACGGAGGAAGCUGACUACAGGGAAGGAAGCGGACGACGGGGAGACACAGUCCGCUAUCGCUUCCGGAAACCCGCUUCCACUGCGCAGCCCCCCGCGCGCAGCCUGACGGGAAAGCGCCGCCAAGCGGCCUCGCCUCGCCCCCGCCGCGGGGCACGCCGGGAGAAGCGCGAGCUCCCUGCGGCCUCCCCGGAAGUGUGUGUGGCUUCCCUGCCCUGUUCGCACUAAGUCCCGCCCCUGUGCCGGAAAGAGGGAAGUGUGAGGAGUGGAGCCAGCGGUGGUCACGUGGCACCAGUGCGGAAGCAGCGGGAGAGGGGCGGGGCAGUAGGCGUGGCGACCAGGUCACGAGUGGCCGGAAGUGGCGGCCUCUGCGGAUCAGCGGAUCAUCGGAGAUGGGGACCUCCCUGGAUAUCAAGAUCAAGAGAGCGAAUAAAGUGUAUCACGCCGGGGAAAUGCUGUCUGGUGUGGUGGUCAUCUCCAGCAAGGACUCUGUCCAGCACCAGGGAGUGUCUCUGACCAUGGAAGGGACUGUAAACCUCCAGCUCAGUGCCAAAAGUGUGGGUGUGUUCGAGGCCUUUUACAACUCAGUGAAGCCGAUCCAGAUUCUCAACAGCACCAUUGACGUGCUGAAGCCAGGAAAGCUUCCCAGUGGCAAGACUGAGAUUCCCUUUGAAUUUCCUCUGCAUGUCAAGGGCAGCAAGGUGCUGUAUGAGACUUACCACGGCGUGUUUGUGAACAUUCAGUACACACUGCGCUGUGACAUGCGGAGGUCCCUGUUGGCCAAGGACCUGACCAAGACCUGUGAAUUCAUCGUUCACUCUGCUCCUCAGAAGGGGAAGCUGACCCCAAGUCCUGUUGACUUCACCAUCACCCCAGAAACCCUGCAGAACGUCAAAGAGAGGGCCUCACUUCCCAAAUUCCUCAUUAGAGGCCACCUGGACUCCACCAACUGCGCCAUCACACAGCCCCUGACGGGAGAGCUGGUGGUGGAGCAUUCGGAUGCUGCUAUCCGGAGCAUCGAGCUGCAGCUGGUCCGGGUGGAGACCUGUGGGUGUGCAGAAGGCUAUGCACGUGAUGCCACAGAGAUUCAGAAUAUUCAGAUCGCUGAUGGGGACAUUUGUAGAAGCCUUUCUGUCCCUCUGUACAUGGUCUUCCCCAGACUGUUUACAUGCCCGACACUGGAGACCACUAACUUCAAAGUGGAGUUUGAGGUUAAUGUGGUGGUCCUUCUUCAUGCUGACCACCUCAUCACAGAGAACUUCCCGCUGAAGCUCUGCCGGACAUAGUCCAGCUCAGGAGGGGGACAGCCUGGUGGCCAUAUGGAUUUCGACUCAGUCAUCUGCUCACACCUGGAUUUCUCUGUUUGGUCAUCUGCUCACAUGUGGGCAUCUCUCCAGUCACCUGCUCACAUGUGGAUGUCACACAGAUCAUCUGCUCAGAUCCCUGGCAGCUGAUAUUUUCAUGAUUUUUCUUCAUUGCCUCAAAGCUGUUUCCUUCAGGUGCCUUGCCCAGCCCUUUCCUCUGGAAUGCAGCAGGAUGUCCUCGUGUGUGGUGCAGGAUCACAGCACACAUUUCCAGCAGCUGUUUCUUUUCAGGUUCAGUAAAGCAGCUGUGUCUGCAGCUUGAGAUCUGCUGGCUCCUAAGACCAUGAAGACAACUUGCCCAGACUGCUGACAGUAAACGCUUGGCCACCAGCAGGCUCAGAGACUGGUAGCGUUUGUGACACCCUCCAAGGGCUGGCAGUGACUUCACCUGGAAAUACGGAGCUGUUUCAAAACCUCAAGUUCUUGAUAGCAUUGCCCUAGAACUUAAGGGUUUUAGGGAACUAAGAAAAACAGCAAAUAAGUACUUGUUUUCAAGGGAAUCUGUGAAGAGUGGCUAGAGUUUUUGUGGCCUGUCCAGCUGGCACACACAGGUACUGCUGCCGUGUCCAAGAAUCCGUGGAAAGGUGAGGAGGCUGCAUAAGGGAAGGACACACACUGGCUGCUCAGUACUAGGUCAUUUCUGAGAGACAGGAGGCCAUGCUGAGGAAGGAUGAUGGGCUUGGCCUGUCCCUGACCCCCGAGGGGCCUGUGCUCCGUUCCCCCGCAGCCUCACACUGACGCCUACUGCAUGGAGAGUGUGUUCUCACACUUUCUUCCUUCCCGUCCUGCUGCUCUGGUGGCCUUCUGCACAUGGGCUGCCCUGCCUUCACAGCUUCCAGGGGCAGGCCUAGGAAAGCAGGCCCUGAGCGACAGCCUCCUGCACGGCCACUGUACUAUGACAACUGAUGGGAAACUGAGGAGACUUAGCCCAGUCGCCUGACAGUGGGUUCCCAGACAAUGUAUUUUUGAUUUAUCAAUUUUUUAUGCUUAUAUCAUAAUACUUACCUAUCCUGGACAUAUUCAAACAAUCAAGCAACCAGAAAACGGAGGCUAUGCUUCCUGGUUAGUUUACAAGGGGUCAUCUUCAGUGACAUAAUUUCUUAACGAAUAAAGAUGCUAAACAAUUUUAAAAGCA